AUGGCUCUCAUGACAUUGAGUGAUCAUCACGCCUUACUAAGGGUGACCCCACCGCGCCUUGCCCAAAAUCGCAAAAAGCAGACACUUGUCCUCCGGUAAUUGGAUCUACUAUCUUUUAAUCAAGCCGCGCUUUGGGGGAGGUGGUGAUUCAGAGAUGAACCCCACCGCGCCUGUAACAAGAUACAUCUAUUCAUAUUCAGGGUCACCCCAAUUAGGCUACAAGUAUGUCGUAGAAAUACAUUUGGCGCAAAGAAGAAA